AUGUCCGACGAGAGAACUUUCAUUGCUAUUAAGCCAGAUGGUGUCCAGAGAGGUCUAAUCUCUCAAAUCCUUUCUCGCUUCGAGAGCCGUGGCUACAAGCUUGUCGGCAUCAAGCUUGUCACCCCAACCGAGAACUUGUUGAAGCAGCACUACGCUGAGCAUGUGGAGAAGCCUUUCUUCCCAAAGAUGUUGGCUUACAUGACCUCUGGUCCAAUUUUGGCCACCGUCUGGGAGGGUAAGGACGUUGUCAAGCAGGGCCGUGUCAUCUUGGGCGCAACGAACCCAUUGAACUCCGCCCCAGGCACUAUCAGAGGCGACUUUGCUCUUGACAUGGGCAGAAACGUCUGCCACGGUUCCGACUCUGUCGAAUCCGCCCAGAGAGAAAUCGACCUAUGGUUCAAGAAGGAGGAGCUAGUCGACUGGAAGCUAAACCAGCUAUCCUGGAUCUACGAGUAG